AUGAUGAAGGGAACGUCAUCGUUUGGAAAGCGUUGGAAUAAGACGCACGCGUUGUGCCGCUGUGGCUCUAAGGUCUACCACCUUCAGAAGUCGAACUGUGGCAAAUGUGGCUACACUGCCAAGAGAAAGAGAGAGCAUAACUGGAGUGCUAAAGCUAAAAGACGAAAUACCACCGGGACUGGUCGAAUGAGGCACCUAAAAAUUGUAUACCACACAUUCAGGCAUGGAUUCUGUGAAGGAACCACACCUAAACCCAAGAGGGCAGCUGUUGCAGCAUCCAGUUCGUCUUAA